CAGACUACUCUCCUCAAAACAACACUAACACUAUCUGCGAAGAGAAGGACUAACUGAAACACAACUCUCCACUGUGAGGAUCACCGUUUCCGUGGCGAGGGAGGUUCUCUGAAGGUUUUUUGGAGGUUGUGUGACCAUUGAGUUGAGGUUUUUGUCUGGAGGUCAGUGAGUGAGUGGUACCUGCAGCCAUGUCUCCGUUCCUGCGUAUCGGCUUCUCCAGCUUCGAGAUGGACCCAGGUCUGGCCUACCAUGAAGAGGUGAUCAACCCGUACUGUGCUGUCUACAUGAAGGAGGCUAUAGACACAGAGAAGGGCCAGGUGUACAAGCAGAAGAAGCCCACCAUGUACCCCCCCUGGAGCAGCACGUUUGACGCCCAUGUCCACCGGGGCCGUGUCAUGCAUGUGGUGGUGAAGGACAAAACCGCUGAGCUAAAGUCUGAAGCCGUGGUGCAGCUGGACACCCUGGCCUCACGCUGCAAAAAGGAGAACGGCAAGCUGGAGAUCUGGGUGGAGCUGAAGCCUCAGGGUCGUCUACUCAUGGAGGCCAGAUACUACUUGGAGAAGAGUGAAGCCGCAGGUUCAGGUGAGGGAGAUGGAUUUGGAGAGAGAGACAGGGAUCCGGGAGUCUUUGCCCUCCACGCACGACGCGGAGCCAUCAAACAGGCCAAGAUCCACGAGGUCAAAUGUCAUGAGUUCAGCGCCACUUUCUUCCCCCAGCCCACCUUCUGCUCCGUCUGUAAAGAGUUUGUCUGGGGUCUGAAUAAGCAGGGUUAUCAGUGUCGACAGUGCAACGCAGCCAUCCACAAGAAAUGCAUUGACAAAAUCAUCGCCAAGUGCACUGGGUCGGCCAUCAACAGCAAAGAGACCAUGAUCCACAAGGAGCGCUUUAAGAUCGACAUGCCCCACAGGUUUAAGGUGUACAACUACAAGAGCCCCACGUUCUGUGAACACUGUGGCACGCUGCUGUGGGGGCUGGCCAAGCAGGGACUCAAGUGUGAGGAGUGUGGUAUGAACGUUCAUCACAAGUGCCAGAAAAAGGUGGCCAACCUGUGUGGAGUCAACCAGAAACUGAUGGCUGAAGCCCUGGCCACGAUCGAGACUAAACAGCAGGCCAGGGGCUCCAGAGAGAGUGAGAUCUAUAGUCGAGGCGGGCCGGUGGGUGUGGGCCAGGCAGGGGUGGUGCGGGAACCUUCAGGUUUAGUGGCAGGUCUCCCCCCGACAGCAGCCACCGCUGGGCGAAAAGAGCAGCAGGGUAUAUCGUGGGACACCCCAGCGGAGGGGGACAUGCCUGCCCCUGUGAUGGAGGAGCCUGAGACGCUGUAUGCCGUCCCCAGAAAAGAACACCACAAGUUCACCCUCGACAACUUCAUCCUGCAUAAGAUGCUUGGCAAAGGCAGCUUCGGCAAGGUGUUUUUGGCCGAGCUGAAGAGCAGUAGAGAGUUCUUUGCGGUGAAGGCUCUGAAGAAGGACGUGGUUCUGAUGGAUGACGAUGUGGAGUGUACCAUGGUGGAGAGGAGAGUACUCUCCCUGGCCUGGGAACAUCCCUUCCUCACACACCUCCACUGCACCUUCCAGACCACGGAGAACCUGUUCUUUGUAAUGGAGUAUCUGAACGGAGGUGACCUCAUGUUCCACAUCCAGAACUGUCACAAGUUUGACGUGCAGAGAUCGACGUUCUAUGCUGCUGAGAUUAUCUGUGGGCUCCAGUUCCUCCACUCCAAAGGUAUUGUCUAUAGGGAUCUGAAGCUGGACAACGUGUUGUUAGACUCAGAAGGCCAUAUAAAGAUAGCAGACUUUGGGAUGUGUAAGGAGAACAUGGAGGGAGAAACGCGGACCUGCACCUUCUGUGGAACACCUGAUUACAUCGCCCCAGAGAUUCUGCUGGGGCAGAAGUACGGCAGCUCAGUGGACUGGUGGUCGUUCGGGGUCUUGCUGUACGAGAUGCUGAUUGGCCAGUCUCCAUUCCAUGGUCGCGAUGAGGAGGAACUGUUCCAGUCCAUCAGGACAGAUGACCCCUGUUACCCCCGCUGGCUGACCAAGGACGCACGAGACAUCCUCAUCAAGCUGUUUGUGAGGGAGCCGGAGAGGAGGCUGGGUGUGAAGGGGAACAUCCGUCAACACUCCUUCUUCAAAGACACAGACUGGAACGCUCUGGAGAAACGAGAGGUGGCGCCGCCCUUCAGGCCAACUGUGAAAUCCCCCAGUGACGUCAGUAACUUUGACAAGGAGUUUAUCAAUGAGAAACCCAGGUUGUCGUGUGCAGAUCGUACCCUCAUGAACAGUGUGGACCAAACCAUGUUUAACAACUUCUCCUUCGUCAACCCAGCUAUGGGCCACAUCAAAGGCCCCUGACCUGCGAUAACCUUACAACAACCUACCAGCAACAUAUUCACAAUCCAUCAACAACCCACUGUACCAGCAACAUAUUCACAACCUAUCUGUAACCUUCGGACAACCUAUUCGCAACGCAUCAAUUACUCAUUACGACAACACAUCACAGACAGGAGUCAAGGACACUUACCUAACAGAUCAAUAACGUAUCCACAACCAGUCAAUAACAUCUCACCUCAGCUCUUUUAUACAGCCAAGGUGUACAGCAGUGGAGGCUGCUGAGGGGAGGACGGCUCAUAAUAAUGGCCGGAACGUAGAAAAUGGAAUGGCAUCAAACAUGUCAUGUGUUUGAUGUGU